AUGACAUCCAAGAAAUUAUUCAAAUGCUCAGAUUGCGCCGCCGAGUUCGCGCGCAAAGACCACGCCACGAGACACAAGCUCAGUCAUUCGCGGCCCAAGUUCGUGUGUCUGUAUCCUGAUUGCGGGCUGUUCUUUCACCGACGCGACGUGCUGAGGCGCCAUGAGGCCGUUCACAAACCUGAAAAUGCCGAGAAGCGCCGGCGGCCGCGGAGGGGCCCGUUACCACCUUCGCGACCUGGGCUUGAGGGGCAAAAACGGCAGUCGUUGUCCUCUGAAUAUUAUGAGGAUUGGCGAGAGCCUGUGAUUUCGCAUGAGUUACUUGAGGGUAACAUUAAUGCUGACACGGCUGGGGAUCAAACUGACGAAAUCAAUGGCGGCGAUUGGACCGAUAUGAGUGACGAUAGUGUUGAUUCAACUUGCGCGUGCCAUGUACGGGAGGGGACGGUGUGUGACUACUGCAGCUCCGAGCUGGUUCGUCUCGCGGCUGGCCGGAUCUCGUCCGAGUCGCAAGGAGCCAUCAAGUUCUGUAUGACGCACUUCGUCCAGUCACAGUUGAAAUGGUUCCCAUUCAUCCGUCCCUCUUCGCUCCGUGCGAACUGGCUUAUUAGCGGCCGUGCGCUAAUUCUAGCAGCACUGGGCGCCAGGGCUAUAAAGGAGUACAAGGACUUGUCAGGAGCUCUCUGGGCAGAGGCCGUGGGCCGGCAAGCGACUUGGGCGUCCUCUACAGAGUUGGAUCCCAACAACCUACUGUCUGAUUUCCAGACUAGAAUUCUGCUACUUGAAUAUCUUCAGUGGUCUGAAGAUGACGGGUAUCCCGACUGGGUCAGUCCAAUGCUGAAUGAUAUGACACGAUGGGAAGCCAAUAGUUUAAUGGAUAUGCUCUCCGAUACACCCUCCGACUGUCGCACCAAAUGGUCUGUAGAAGACGAGCUUUGCCACCAGGAAAUUCGGUGGACGCUGUGGAAAUUCUACUGCACCGUGACGCGGUCAACUCUGCUCGGACUGAAGCUACAUCCCCCGCGAUUCUUCCAGACCCUCAAAUUACCGGGCGAUCCAAAGAAGGUAUUGGAGUUGGAGGGUUGUGUUGAGACGGAGAGUAAGAUAUCGGAGCCAAUCUUGCAACGUGAAAAUCGCGAUUGUACGUUAACACUGCCCCAAGCACUGAGCAUGUUGUUAGGCGAUCAACACAGUCGAAUCGCAUUAACUAAUAUGCUUUCCAUGACUGGGAAGUACAUUCUGCUCCACACCGUCUUGUAUCUAUCCGACAACAUGGUCGAGAAAUACGUCGAUAUCGGCACAAAGCGUCAGGAUCCGCUUGGAUGGCACGUCGAAACGCGGGAGCGGCUCUAUCUUCUCGUGACGAGGUGGCGUCAGUGCUUCUGGAUACCGCCCGAGAUCCUCUGGACCGCCUCAUUCCCCGAAUUCGGGAUUCACCAAACCAUCAUGCUCGCAAUCUACCUCUCGGUCCGCAUCAGUCAACCGACCAGCGACUCGACUCUCAAAGACCGCUGCUCUCUCCGGCCGUAUGCCCAAUACGCGAUGCGCUGCGUCGUCACUAUGCACAUCGAUAUGAAAAACAGCAAUCUCAUGGAGGUGGCGGCGAAGGGACGCUGGUUCCUCGACGGAACAACUUGGCGGACCGGCGGUCUCACUGCCGCGUAUCUACUGGACUGGCUCCGCGGCCGAGCAGAAUCGGCAUGCGAAGACGAGGAUAUUGAAUAUAUCCAAGGCCUCGAGAGCGUGAUGACGCUCUACUCGUCCACGGGGUGCUACGAGGGCCUCUCGUAUUCGCCGGCGCGAGUCGCGCAACUCGAGCGAUCGGUCAAACACCUUUGGACAAUGGUACUAGGCACGGAAAGCUGGCUUGGUGGUGAUGCGCCGUGAGCGCGCUCAACAACGAUUUACCGUCGAAGCUUGUCAGCUUCAGCCGUUUGCUUGGAUGGUGUCGACACUCGCUACCACGAUGUGAUGUACAUUCUGUUAGUGCCUGAUGAAAGAUGUUAUGACCACGAGCACCACUAAUCCAGACGUUCAGAUAUACUAGGGUUUGCUUUGCGCCUAUAUAUGUGAUACUGAGAGCACGGGACAUAGCUAUAUCGCUAGAUAUCAU